CUGGGAGACGUCUUGGCGGCUGGUUGGAGUGGUUUUUCGAGCGGCUCUUUUCGGGCCUCACUCCGAGGAGGAGAAGCCCGGCCGGCCGGCCCCGGCUAAAAGCUAACCUCGGCUAGCAUGUGGAGUUGUUGGCGGCCUGCGAUUUGGACGUUUUCAUGCGUUUCGCCCGAGUAGGAUCAUGGUUGCUACUGUUUGCAAAUGGCGACACAUAUUUGCGUGGAUUUGAGCGAAUGGAAGCUCGGCGACGGCUAAAGCUGCCGGCUCGUCGGCUAGUCGGCUGGACACCGGUGACUCGCCCGAAGGGUGGGCCCCGGCCCCGGCCCCGGGGGGAAUUCUCCUCACAUUCGACCAGUUUACUGCCGAGUGCCUCGAAUUCCCAAACGAGCGACAUUUGAUCGUCGUUCUUUCCAUGAAUUCUUCGCGGUCACUGUUCGAAUUGCCAACACGCUGUUGGUAAAAAUCCCAACGAGACCCCUCCGCUCCUCGCUAAUGUUGUUUUCUGCGCUAGCUAAAGCGAGCAUCGGGAUUAAGCAUUAAUCACAUGCCGCGACGCGACGGUUGCGUUCACUUUCCUGUAUAGUCAACACACCGUGUGCAAAUACUGAGUAAGUACCAAGUAUUACUCCGAAUGCUUGGAACAUCGCCCGGUAAUUAAUCAGUGGAAAAGUGACCGACUAUCCGCAUGACCACCACGAUUCAACUCGUUCUGCAAAUUCUCGGUACGAAAUGUAAAAUGUAAGCUUUUCUCGAUACAGCUAAGGCCUUUGAGUCGAGAACCGGAUGACCAAAUAAUGACUACGAAUGAUCGGAAAGUGCGAUGUUUUCGAAGAAAUGGCACCACUCCCGCUGCUUCCGGAUCUAUCGACUAUGCGAAGGCAUCGGAAUGAGGUGACGGUGGAGUUGAGAAAGAACAAACGAGACGAACACCUACUGAAGAAGAGAAACGUCCCACAGGAGGAGAGUCUGGAGGACUCUGACGUCGACUCAGACUUCAAAGGGCAAAAUGUUACGCUUGAUGUCAUCUUACAGAACGCGACCAGCGACAAUGCGGUCAUCCAGCUCAGCGCUGUGCAGGCGGCCAGGAAAUUGCUCUCCAGCGACAGAAACCCCCCCAUUGACGACUUGAUAAAAUCUGGCAUCCUGCCCAUUUUAGUCAAUUGUCUGGAAAGAGACGACAACCCCUCUCUCCAGUUUGAGGCAGCUUGGGCUCUGACCAACAUUGCCUCUGGGACGUCGGCACAGACUCAAGCUGUGGUUAAAUCCAAUGCGGUGCCGCUGUUCUUGCGACUGCUCCGCUCGCCUCAUCAGAACGUAUGUGAACAAGCUGUUUGGGCUCUGGGAAACAUUAUAGGUGAUGGGCCACAGUGCAGGGACUACGUCAUCUCCCUUGGCGUGGUCAAGCCGCUGCUGUCCUUCAUCGACCCCUCCAUCCCUAUCACCUUCCUGCGCAACGUCACGUGGGUCAUCGUCAACCUCUGCCGCAAUAAGGACCCGCCCCCGCCCAUGGAGACAGUGCAAGAGAUUUUGCCUGCCCUCUGUGUGCUAAUACAUCACACGGACAUAAAUAUCCUCGUCGACACAGUGUGGGCUUUGUCCUACCUGACGGACGGUGGCAACGAGCAGAUCCAGAUGGUCAUUGACUCUGGUGUGGUUCCACUUCUCGUGCCUCUCCUCAGCCACCAGGAAGUAAAAGUGCAGACGGCAGCUCUCCGGGCAGUGGGAAACAUCGUAACCGGCACUGACGAACAGACGCAAGUUGUUCUCAACUGCGAUGUCCUCAGAUACUUCCCAAACUUGCUGACGCACCCUAAGGAAAAGAUCAAUAAGGAAGCAGUGUGGUUCCUGUCCAACAUUACAGCCGGGAACCAGCAGCAGGUCCAAGCUGUGAUCGAUGCCGGACUCAUCCCCAUGAUCAUUCACCAACUGGCCAAGGGCGACUUUGGCACUCAGAAGGAGGCGGCGUGGGCCAUCAGCAAUCUCACCAUCAGUGGAAGAAAAGACCAGGUGGAGUACCUGGUGGAGAAGAACGUCAUCCCGCCGUUCUGCAACCUGAUGCAGGUGAAGGACCCCCAGGUCGUGCAGGUGGUCCUGGACGGCCUCAAGAACAUCCUCAUCAUGGCGGGCGACGAAGCCAGCACCAUCGCCGAGAUCAUCGAGGAGUGCGGGGGUUUGGAGAAGAUCGAGAACUUGCAGCAACAUGAAAAUGAAGACAUCUACAAACUAGCCUUCGAGAUUAUUGAUCAGUACUUUUCAGGCGAUGACAUCGAUGAAGAUGCAAGCUUGAUCCCGGAAAGCACUCAAGGAGGAACCUUCAACUUCGACCCCGCUUCCAACAUGCAAACAAAGGAGUUUAAUUUCUAAGAAAAAAAGCAAAAGCCAGGAUGUUUGCGUCAGCCAGCUGCACGGGUACUCUGUAAUGUCCACUCCCCUCCUCCCCACAGUGACAUUCAUCCAUCUCUCCUCCAAUCUGGCAACCUGAUAUGGAAGGAUUGACUUCACUAUGGAUACUCGCAGUCACUACUGAUGGAUUUACAGCCCCCACCACCACCUCUGCACUGUGGGGGUGCUUUUUGUUUGGUUUGGUUUUUAUUUUUAUUUUUUAUUUUUUAAUGGUCACCCCUCGCUGCCAUCUGGCAACCUGCCUGCAUCACAACAAGGAUUUUUGUUUUGCUUCGACAUAUCACACACAGCAGAAAACGCGAAGGACGCAGCGGCGUCCGCGGCAACGUUUAAUGGCCGAAAUGUUCACAAGCACACUUUGUUUGGUCGUCUCCCACACCAACACACAUACAACACCCACACACGUUUGGACGAUUAGUGUGCAUACUUCUGUUGGAAGCCAUCAUAUCACAAAUGGGAGAAAUACUGCUGUUGCGUUUUUACACUUGUUUUUGUGCCCUCGCUCUCUUCCUCACGCAAAUACACUUUUGGCACACAAACACACCCGCACAGGUUCCUGCAAGCCCCCCCUGCCCACAACCCCUCCGGCUAACCCUCUUUCACCCAUUGCAGAGCUAAGCCAUGAUUAACCGCGGACAGACCCCCCCUCACCCGCCACUCCUCUGAGGGUGAAAGGGCUCUUACGGUGGCAGACAGACUUGACAGGACUUCAUGAUGUCACUUUUUUUUUUUUUUUUUUUUUUUUUUUUAUGUGACUUUAAUUGAAUUAUUCAACGGUGUGCCCCCCCCCCAAAAAAAAAGUGAAGUAACUGCCAUCAUUUUUAAUUCUUCUUUAAAACUGAACUACCUGCUGAAAAGAGGUUAUUGGGAAGUGCAGGGACUUCCUGUGUCCACUGUAGCGCUGGUGCCCCCAGGCUGGACCGCACUGGACAUCCUGUUUGCUCAUGACUCCCCUGUAAUGUGAAAUUUAGAAAUCCGUGGUGGUGGGGGCAGGGGUGUUUAUAUCGAAAUUUGCUUUAAAAAAAAAAAAAAAAAAAAAAAAAAAAAACAAA